AUGGUCGCUCUCGUCUGCCUCCUCCGCGCGACUCCCGGCGCGCAUUGCCAACCCUCCGCGCCUUUCCGAACCUCCUCGCGUCUCCAACCCUCCGUGCUUGAAAGACCCGCCCCGGCGGACUGCCGCUCCGCCGUCCGCGCCGUCCGCCACUUCCGCGCCAUCCGGGGGCUUUCCCGGGGACUCCGCACCAGCCCCGCGUCCCCUUAUGGCGCAGAGCGCGGCGGAGAGGGGCGUGCGUGCGGUCCCCUCCCGCUAUCCACCCUCUCCUCCCCUUCCCGGCCCCCCUCCCCCCUGCUUGAUGUGAAGGGUGAACCGGACACAGGGGAGGAACAAGGGGGGGGGCGGGCGGGGGGGCGCAGAGGAGCGGGUUGUGAUGCGGAAGCACAUGGGGUUGGGGAGAGAGGACGGAAGGAGGCAAGACGGCUGCGAAUGGAAGAGCAGAAGCAGGUGUUAACUGUGGUGGAGGUGUUAUCUGAGGGCGGGGAGAGGCGCAGUGGCGGCGGGGGAGGUGGAGGAGCUGGUGUGGGCGGCGUUCGUGAAGAGCCACCAGGCUGUGCUCUCCCCGGAGCACUGGACCAGCUUCGUCCCUCUGCUGCUCAAACUGGUGGCGAGGCACGGAGCGCUGCUAUUGGGCAAGCGCAGCAACGGGCGGCUGGCGAAGAACACGACGCACUGGCUGCUGCACUGCGCUGUCUUCGCUGCCCACGCUGCCGUGCGCGAGAGGGCGCUCGUGGGACUGCUGCUCCUCAUCGCCGUACGCCGCCCUCCUGCCCUCCUGCCCUCCUUCCCGCUUGUCCUGAUGCAGCGCUGUCCCUGUCGCACCCCGCUCACUCCCACGCAUCCAUGGGCAGCACCCAUGGGCAGCAUCCAUGGGCAGCAUCCAUGGGCAGCACCCAUGGGCAGCAUCCAUGGGCAGCACCCAUGGGCAGCACCCAUGGGCAGCAUCCAUGGGCAGCAUCCAUGGGCAGCACCCAUGGGCAGCAUCCAUGGGCAGCACCCAUGGGCAGCACCCAUGGGCAGCAUCCAUGGGCAGCACCCAUGGGCAGCACCCAUGGGCAGCACCCAUGGGCAGCAUCCAUGGGCAGCACCCAUGGGCAGCACCCAUGGGCAGCAUCCAUGGGCAGCACCCAUGGGCAGCACCCAUGGGCAGCAUCCAUGGGCAGCAUCCAUGGGCAGCACCCAUGGGCAGCAUUCAUGGGCAGCACCCAUGGGCAGCACCCAUGGGCAGCACCCAUGGGCAGCAUCCAUGGGCAGCACCCAUGGGCAGCAUCCAUGGGCAGCAUCCAUGGGCAGCACCCAUGGGCAGCAUCCAUGGGCAGCAUCCAUGGCACAAAGCUGUUCCGUGAUGCCAAGCCACACCGUGUCAAUCCACGCCGCCCGCUCUGCUCGCUCCCUCACUGCCCACCGCCUGCUGCUGUUUCCGUGCACCCCAUGAGGGAGAGUGGGACAGUCGCUGCCAUCACCGUCUCCCUCACCCUCUCCUCUAUCGACCUCCUCACUCGCCCCUGCACUCCCCUCUACCCUCCUCACUCCCCUUCCUCGAUCCUCCCCCCCUCUCCCGACUCGCCCGUCCCCACGCAUCCGGCUGUGGAGUUCAUCCAACCCACUCACCCCACUCUUCCUGCUCCCGCUGCUCUCAAGCCUCCUCCGGGAUGGAAAGGAGGGGCGCUCACAGCAGGUGGUGCUGCUGAUGGUGCUUUUGCACCUUACGGUGAUUAUCAGCAGCAGCAGCAGCAGCAUCAACGGCAUCGUCGGUCCUUCUCUCUUGCUCCUGACGCUCUCAGCAGCCACACAGCAGCAUCCUUCUCCCCCUUACCCCCUCCUCCUGGCUCUGCCGCCGCCACUGCUGUUAGGGAUGAGUGGGAGAAGUACGCAGAGGGUUACUUCAGUGACGGAUUUUAUGAGAUGAACGUGAUAGCGACGAAUGAUAUGGAUGAGAUCUAUGAGGAUCCUGAGUAUGGUGAAAUGGGAGAAUUGGAGAAGUUAUCGACUAAGGUUGAUGAGAGUGAGGACACGGAUGAUACGGCAGCGAGUGUGGAGGCAGCAGUGAAGCAGAAAGAGGAGAUAGUCGCCAUGGAGGCAGCAGCAGUGAAUGGUGGAGAUGGAGUUGGUGUCAACACUUUUGCAGCAGCGAUCGUGGUUGAAGAUGAAGCAGUAAAUGAGAAGUAUAUGGGAGUUGAAGCUGUGAAAGGGGACAUCCUGGUGAAGGGAUCAAAGGAGAAAGCAACUGCAAAGGGGCGAGUGCUUACGAAGGAGGAACACGUUGAGGGGUACGAGACCCGAGAGGGUUGGUUCGAUGAACCUCUUGCCUGCGUGGCCCUCGCUGCCUCGCACCCCCUCCGCCCUGCUUCUGGCGUCUCCUCUUUCACCCCCGCCUGGGACCCCUCCUCUCUACCUUUUUCCUGCCCGCCCUCCUUGGAAUCUGCUUACUCUGCCGCCUGCCCGCCUAAUAUGGCGCCUGCUCCUGCUGCACUACCAGCUAUAGCCCAAUCCGUGCAGCUUGGCUCGGCAGCGGUGUUGGAUCCGGCCGGUAUAGGUCCGGCAGGGCUGCCUGUAGACGAGCCCAGGACAGGUCCGGGGAGACCCGGGAGGUUUGGCAGACGAGGAACGGAAGGGUGGGGGAAAGGGAGGAUAGUGGAGGAGGGGACGGAGGAUAUGAGUGAGAACUCUUGGGAAGAUGAACGGGGGAAUAGGGCUAUGAGGAGAGAUGGAGAAGGAGCAGAAGGAGGGGAAGAAGCACAAGGACAAGGGUGGAGUAAGCAGCGCGAGUGGGACAAGGAGCAUGAUGAACGGUUCAGAGCGGUGGUGAGGAUGCUGGGGUCGGGCACGCAGGGCAGGAGGUUGCUGGGAGCCGUGGGGCUGGGCGAGCAGGUGCUGGCAGACCUGGCGAGGCGGUGGCGGUGGCGCGAGGUGAAGGCGCUCUCUGCCGUGCUGCGCCAUGCUGUGGACGCAUGGCAGGAGCAUGCUGACAUGGUGAGUGGCAGGAUUGAGCAUGCCUCACUCACAUUGAUUGAUGCCUCACUCACAUUGAUUGAUGCCUCACUCACAUUGAUUGAUGCCUCACUCACAUUGAUUGAUGCCUCACUCACAUUGAUUGAUGCCUCACUCACAUUGAUUGAUGCCUCACUCACAUUGAUUGAUGCCUCACUCACAUUGAUUGAUGCCUCACUCACAUUGAUUGAUGCCUCACUCACAUUGAUUGAUGCCUCAAUUACACCCAUGCGUCACACCCACCAUGCCUCCAUCGCAUCUACCAUCCAAUGUGCCCCUCACUCAACCCCACUUGCUUCGCCUUGCCUCCCUCUCUUCCCACCCCAAGUCGUCAGUGCUCUCGUGUCAAAUCAAGCUUAG